AUGAUCAGCGCGUGUGCGCGGCUGCCGGCGAGCGCGUGUGCGCGGCCGCCAGGGCGGCUGCCCUGCCGGAGGGUCGAUCUCCGUGUGCGCGUUCACGGGCAGCCAGGAGGAGCCGGCAACGCGGAGCGCGCGGCUACUGGUACGCGCGGAUGCCGCCCCGGCGCGGCGUGCUCGGCCCCGGGGGGGGGUGUGUCCUUUGCUGACGGGGCGACGAACGGGAAUCGACGGCAUCGGAGAGCGACAGCAGGGUCGGCGAACGCGUGCGCGGCCGCCGGUGAGGUCGGGCGGCGCGACCGCCAGGGCGGCUGCGGUGCUGGAGUGUCGAUCUCCGUGUGCGCGUUCGCGGCCCGCCAGCCCGCCGGCGACGCGGAGCGCACAGCUGCCGGUACGCCCUCCGUGCGGAUGCCGUCUCCGGCGCGGCGUACUCGGCGUGCGCGACCCCAGGGCGUGUUGCUCUCCUGA